GCAACAUGUCGGUGCAGUGGUUUAAAUCAGGUCUAGAUUCACCCGUUCAUGUGUACAGACAUGGGGACCAAGAUGCUGCUGCUCAGCACAGGAAUUACAGAGGAAGGACAGAACUGUUGAAAAAUGAACUGACCCAAGGAGCCAUUUCUCUUCGAAUAAAGAACACAACAGUUUUUGAUCGAGGGGAAUACAGAUGUUUAGUUAAUAGCGGAACCUAUUCUGCAGAAGCUGCAGUCUCACUGAAUGUCAUAGGUUUGGGUCAAAGGCCCUGGAUUCAGUUGAAGGGAUACCAUAAAAACGGAAUCCAGCUUGUGUGUAAAUCCAGUGGAUGGUUCCCUCAGCCAGAAAUCGAGUGGAUCAGUGAAGAUGGACCUGUUUUAUCACAAGCUGAACCAAGUUAUGAUGUGGACUCCAAUGGUCUUGUAAACGUCCAGAGCAUCAUUGUCAUUGCAAAACAGUCAACAAACAGGUUCAAGUGUCGUAUACGCUAUGAACAAUUGGGAAUUACACGAGAAGCACCAAUCAGGAUAUCAGACGAUAUCUUCCCUGGUGUCCCUGAUUGGCUGGCACCUUUACUCGCGACCCUCUGUUGUGUGAUUGCUGGCAUCGCUGCUGUGCUUUAUUGGAGUGUGAAACACCAUCGACAGAUUAAAGGACUAAAACUUCAGAAAUCAUUCGUAGAAUGCGAGCGGAAGAGAAUUUGUGCGUAUAAAGUCUCUGUGACCCUGGAUGUGGAAACAGCGAAUCCCUGGCUCGAGGUGUCUGAGGAUCUGAAGAGUUUGAGAUGGACCGGGACCCGAAGGGAUCUCCCUGACACCGGGAAGAGGUUUACAUACUGGGCCUGUGCCCUGGGAUCAGAGGGAUUCACAUCGGGGAGACAUUACUGGGAGGUGGAGGUGGUGGGGAAUCGGGUCUGGAGUCUGGGAGUAGCCUCAGAGUCUGUGGAGAGGAAGAGAGGGGUCAGUCUGAUCCCGGAGAGUGGAUUCUGGAUCAUUGGGUGGGAAUGGGAUCAGUUUUAUAUAAACACCACUCAAUCCCCUCUCCCUGUCGGUCAGGUCCCCGGGAGGGUGGGAGUUUAUCUCAGUUAUGAGUCUGGGACAGUUUCAUUUUACAACGCGGACACCAAGUCCCAUCUCCACACCUUCACUGGGAAUAAAUUCACUGGGAAACUUUAUCCUUUCUUCUGGAAUCGGCAUUUCAACCAGUUUCUGAGAAUCUGCACCGAAGGGGCGGGGGCUCCCUGACGUCACAGUGACCUGACCCUGGGGUCAGGGGUCAGAAACAUACUUUGAGAACAUAUUGGUAUAAAAUGUUCAUUAAAAUUUACAAUUUAUACUUUGUACAAUCAGACUGUAAAUAACUUCAAUAUAAAUAGAAAUGUCAGAUGGACCUGACCUCAGGGUGAGGGACUGGGUCAGAGGUGAGGGGUCAGGGUGUUACUCAAUGUGUCAUUCAAUUUCAAGAUUAUAUUGUUGAAAAUCACAACCAAAGUGUAAAAAAAUCAGACAGAAAUGUAAA